GAAAUAACCAAUAGGACAUCAAGGCCACAAUGUCGAGGAUGCUUACCAUCCAUUGGGAGUGGUGUGGGCAGUUGUGAACCUAACUGAGAACACCUUGAUUCCUAUUAUUUGUCAUCUAUAUUCAACUGUCAAUCAGGAUAUGAUUCAAUUGUAUUUCAUUUUCCCUUAAGAAGUCUGUAUUGUGUUGAAAUCAAUUAUGAAUCAAUAUAUCAUACCAUUGGCACACGAUGACCCAAGAUUAUUUUCUCAUGUUUCACAAGCAUUUUCUUUGGUUGAUCUUGGUAAACGUUUGCUGGACGCCGCAAAGAACGGAGAUGUUGAUGAAGUCAAAAACUUAAUUGACAGUGGAGCACCAUUUACCACUGACUGGUUGGGAAUAUCUCCCCUUCAUUUUGCUGCUAUGAAUGGACAUCUUAGCUCGUGUGAAGCACUCCUGAGUGCUGGAAUCAGCAGAGAUGCUCGUACUAAGGUUGACCGUACCCCACUUCAUCUAGCAGCUCAAGAAGGUCAUGCAGAUAUUGUAGAACUUUUAUUACGCAAUGGUGCUGACCUUAGUGCUAAGGAUAUGUUGCGUAUGACGGCAUUGCACUGGGCGGCUGAAAGAGGUCAUACACCUGUAGUUCAAAUGUUAAUGCGUUUUGGAGCUGAUGCUCACAUUCAAAACAAAUUUGAAAUGACUCCUUUAGAUAUUGCUGCUAGCAAACAGUACGAUGAUGCUAGAGAUGCAAUGUUGAAUACUCAAUAUGAUUUGACAUCAUCAGUUGGUCGUAUGGCUUCUACAAAUGGAGAUUUAGUUGGCGCUAAUGCUUAUAUCAUAACAGAUGAAGAAACUUUAGUUCCAGCUGCUUCUCCAGCCGAUGAAGUUACUGUUACUGCAACAACAAUUGAAGAAUCAACCAGUAUACACAAUCCUGAGAUAUUUUCAAAUGAUAAUUGUAAUAAUAAUAGAGGUACAGAAGUUAGAACAUGUAGCAAAUUGAGAAAUGGUAAGAUCUCUGUCAAUAAACGUGUAUGGAAAGCUAAAGAAAGAGACGAAAACUCAAAUUCUGUUAUUCACACUCAAGAUUCAGAAACACAAAUUAUUCCUCAUUCAUUAUCACAGUCAUCAUAUACGGGAAAUCUUCAUUCUUAUUUGGAUACUACAAAUAAGUUCAAUGCAACUGAAGAUAUUCUACUGCCUUUGGAUGGAGAUUGUGUUAGAGAUGUUAUGAUAGUUGAAACUCCCGAUGGUGAAACACUGUAUGUCCAUCAGCAACCUAAUGAAGAUGGCUCUAACGGUUUGGUUAUACUAACGAGUACAGGUGAACAAGUGAAUAACCCAACUUUAAUGGAACAGGUGAUGGAUGCGAUGAUCACUUUGCCUGAACAAGUGAUCACUGAUACAAUCAAUGCAGACAAUUGCCAUUUAAGCAUUGAAUCGGAUUUAAAUGCUUCACCAUCUCAAUGUUUGGAUAAGAAUUCAAAUAGUGUAAAUCCAAAAUCAGCGUUUAACAAAACAACAGUUAUUACCAAUGACUCCUUUUUUCAGUCUGGCGCCAAUGGACGUCGUACAAGAGGUGGACAGCUAAGUCCUCAUAUUAUAGAAAAUGAAGAUGAUGACGAUGAUGAUAUUGAUAGUGAUGAGUCUGAAUCGUUAAUAGCUCACUUGGCUGCAUUUGCAAGCCAACCUAAAUCCCAACAGACAACUGUUUGUGUGGAAGGAAUGGGAUCUGGUGCUUCAACGCACGAUCUGAUAAUGUGGUGUCUGUAUAAUGGAAUAUUUAUUCGCGGAUACGCUGAUGAGCCAACAUUUAUCGUUGAAUUUGUCUAUCAAGGUGAAGCGUACACCCUUUCAGCUUCAUAUGAUUCAAAGUCCGGUUCUAUCAAUUUCUAUCAUGUGGAAAGUCAUCAGAAAGUAUAACAAUUCUGAAAUAAUUAAUUCAAUCAAAUUAAAUUAUGUGUAUAUAGCAUCAUUGCACUUCUAGUAAAGAUAGAGAAAAUUAUGUUUCCUUAUUUUUAUUUCGUAAAAAGCAUCUAAAAUAAUUAUUUAUUGUUACUAACAUAAAAAUACAUUAGCUCUAGAGCAAUAAUUAUUGCAAUCAAAUGAAGUGAUGAAAAGUCAGUAUGCAAGAGAAAGAAGCGAAAA